CCUAAAAAGCGGCGUCGUUUUUUAGUUUAACAAUAUAGCAAUAUCAACACAGUUUUUGCCUGCCUCCCAUCUGGUGGGCUCUGCUCCGAGAACUGUCGCCGUCGGCCGAUUGACGGAGGAGAUGUGCAGCGAAGUCAAGGAAGAAACAUUCGACAAAGCCACAGCGGCGGUCGAAGAGCUAUAUCACAUCAGAGACACCUUUUUUCCUGUAAAUUCCGAUGACAAACUUUCCAAAUUACGGGAGCUAUCGGAUCUUGCUGUCAAGAUCCUCGAUUCCAUUUCUCCAGAACAAAGGAAAUCACCUUUGCAGCGAGCUAUGUAUGAAUAUCUGAGAGGAAAAAUGUUGGACGUAUUUCCAGACUACAGAAAAGAAGCAGAGGAUCAUCUCUCCAAAGCUGUUAAGUUGAAUCCUUCUCUUGCGGAUGCCUGGCUGUGUUUAGGUAACUGCAUUUGGAAGAAAGGAGAUCUAUCUUCAGCAAAGAACUGCUUUACUUUAGCAUUAAGCAAGCGCCCAGAGAAAAAAUUACUUUGUCAGCUAUCAAUGCUUGAAAGGAAAAUGGCUCAAGGUACUGAGAAUGAGGCAAAACUUGUAGAAGAAAGCAUUCAACAUGCAAAAGAAGCAGUUACUUUGGAUGUGAAGGAUGGAAACUCUUGGUAUAAUCUAGGAAAUGCAUGCCUCACAAGUUUUUUUGUUACUGGAGCGUGGGAUCAUAAUAAGCUUCUGCAAUCUUUGAAGGCAUAUCAAAAUGCGGAAAAAGAUGAAAAAAUGAUGUCAAAUCCAGACUUGUAUUUUAAUUGUGCAACUGUUAACAAAUAUCUGGAGAACUAUGAGAGGGCCCUAAGUGGAUUUGAGGCUGCUGCUUUGAAGGAUCCUAGUCUUAGCGCUACUAGGGAGGUCCACAAGAUGGUGAAUCUUCUUGACAAAUUGGAUAACAUGUUGAAGGCACAUGCUAAAACACGAAGAGUCACGUCGUUUUCAUCAUCAGUGGAUAUUGUUAGUUCUAAUUCGUCAUACAAGAGAGCCACUGUAGACCUUCUGUCAGAGGGUCUGAACAAAUCAGUUGCAGUAAUUGGGAAGGUGUUGUUCUUCAUUAAGCAUGAUAGUCUUGCCCCACUAUAUUAUUUGUUGUGUGAUUCAAACCAAGCAUGCUUUGUUGUAUCUUUGUAUGGUAUGCGGAAUGAUACGGUUAAGGUAGGAGAUCAGAUAACAUUACUGGAACCGUAUUAUCGCAACUUUGAUUUUUCUUGGAAGGGAAAGCAUUACCAGUUCAAUUCAAUCCGGGUCGAUUUCUUAGAACAAGUUCUUGUCAAUGGAAAAGCUCCGUCUGCUCACCAGGCAGUCCAGACAUCAAUAUAUGCCCAACACAAACCUUGAAAAGUGUUAGGGGGCUGUAUUAUCCAUGGGUCUUUGAUGCUCAUCUGUGUGUUAGGUGUAAAUAGAUUUGAAAAGUGAAUGGAAAUUUUGAAGAAACAGCACCUAGAGGAAUCAGAAGAACAUAGUUGCAUAGGUAGUUUCAAUUGUUGUUGUUGCUUGGUGUUGUGCUUUGAAUUGAAUCUUUUUACAGAGUGAUUGUUGUAUUUAAUAUUGAUUUCCCACCCAAAUGGCUUUGUAUAGUGCCGAUCUUGACAAUGAUCAUGAAUGCUUAGUUUUAUUGUA